UCAAACCCAUCAAAACCUCUCUCUCUAGACGUAAUGGCGAUGGCUAGGACCGUAUGCUCGGUGGUUCUGUUCUGCGCUGUCAGCUUGUUGCCGUUAGUGGCCGUGGCCGACGACAGCGAGUUUCAGAUAGAAGGGUGCGUCUAUUGCGACACUUGCCGGUUUGGCUUCGAGACCGAUGCCUCCGAAUACAUCCCUGGGGCAACAGUGAAGAUAGAAUGCAAAGACAGGGUGACACUGAGGUCGGAGGAGGUGGCUAAGGCGGUGACGGACAAGGGAGGGAGAUACAGAGUGACGGUGAAAGGAGACAGACAGGACCAGCAAUGUCUGGCGAAGUUGGUGGACAGUCCAAUGUCUGGUUGCCAGGAACAAGACCCUGGUCGCAGCUCAGCUACGGUGAUCCUCACGCGCUCCAACGGCGCCGCCUCGAACCGCCACUUCGCCAACGCCAUGGGCUUCCUCCGCAGCCAGCCCCUCCCCGGCUGCGCCGCCCUCCGCAAGCGUUACCUUGCCGAUGGCGACUUCAAGUCUAUUUAAUGUCUUUUUCUUUAUAUAUA